AUGCUCCCUUCCCAGUCCUAUGUCAACAUCUCCUUCCAGCCACCUGCUUUCCAGAUGAUUGGCAUCCCAGGGCUGGAGGCCCUCCACGCCUGGAUCUCCAUCCCCUUCUCCUCCAUGUACACUGUGGCCCUCACUGGCAACUGCCUGAUCCUCUUGGCUGUGAGGAGGACUCCCAGCCUGCACCAGCCCAUGUACUACUUCCUGUCCAUGCUGGCCCUCACAGACGUGGGCCUCACCUUGUCCACACUGCCCACCACGCUGGCCGUGCUCUGGUUCGACCGUCGGCUCAUCGGCUUCAAUGCCUGCCUGGUGCAGAUGUUCUUCCUCCACUCCUUCUCUGUGGUGGAGUCCUCGGUGCUCCUGGCCAUGUCAUUUGACCGCUUUGUGGCCAUCUCCAACCCCCUGCGCUAUGCAGCUGUCCUCACAAACAAUGUCAUCAUUGGGAUUGGGAUGGCUAUAGUGACCCGUGCCACCUUGUGUCUCUUUCCUGUGCCAUUUUUGAUUAAGCGUCUAAACUUCUGCACUGGAAAUAACUUCCUGUCUCACUCAUUUUGUUUCCACCCUGAUGUGAUGAGAAGAGCCUGUGAUGACAUCACCAUCAAUAUCCGCUAUGGGCUUUAUGUAGUACUGUCCACGGGGGGCACAGACUCCCUGCUCAUCAUCCUAUCCUACACUCUCAUCCUGCACACAGUGCUGGGGCUGGCCUCUCCCAGAGAGCGCAUCCGGGCCCUCAACACCUGUGUCUCCCACAUCCUGGCUGUCUUUGUCUUCUUUGUUCCAGGUAUCACCAUGUCCAUGAUCCAUCGUUUUGGGGGGCACCUGCCCCACAUUGUACAUGCUCUUGUUGCUUAUGUGUACCUGGUGGUACCCCCUGUGCUAAACCCCAUCAUCUACAGUGUCAAAUCCAAGACCAUCAGGGAGGCCAUGCUCAGGGUGCUGAGGGGGAAAGGCCAAUGCUGA